AUGUCGGAUGACUACUAUGUGAACGCAGUUGCCCCUCCAGGGCAGUAUAUGCGCCACCAGAGCGAAAGCACCACAUGCCUGGAUGUACAAGGACUAUUCGCAGGCCUAGGGGAGUACGAUACCUGCUUUGAUGACACGAACUCUCUGGGAGUUGGGGAGGAGAACUUUGGCCUCGAGAGCUGGAACACGGCGUUCAGCAAGCCCGCGAUCGUCAACCGUUCACAGUGCACUUCGGAGUGUAACCCUCAAUUCCCGCGCGCGACGAACGACCAGGCGACGAUCAGCUCCAACACCAACACCGCCUUUCCAGCAUACGACUUUGACUAUGCGAUAGCUUAUCCGCAUAGGAUAGACGAAUUCGCGAACGCUACACCGCCCUUCACAUACCCGCAGUCGCUUACUGGAGACAUCACAGACGCCGGCUUUGAUAGUAUCAAUCAACAAAUCCGGAGACGUCCGCAGCUGGGCUUCGACGAGAGGAGCUACGGACAGUUUGCAUCCAGAUCAUCUUCUCGUCUCCAGAAGCCUCGGAAUAACAUUGCACCUCCGGGGUUCACUGUUCCGCACGAUUCAGCUGAACCCUUCCUCUCUCUAGAUCGGCUCUACAGCGCACAGUCUCGACUUCUCCCCGGUCUGAAGGGCGCACCGGUGCCAGGUGCGAAUUUGCUCAGACUCAGCCACGCAUGCUUUCUGGGGACCAUACCCCUUCCAGAUAUGGCAUUCCAUGCGCCUGGUAUGGCCAUAUCUACAAAGGCUGAGGAAGUACUUCGACGAGCUGUACCAGAGUACAAGGCUGGGGCCCCUUCGUUGGCGGAUAAAUCUAUGUUAUCUGUCCUUGCCGCAACCAUCAGCGCGACGGAAGUUACUCCGCUAGGCUCACUGCCAUCGCAGCCGAGGAAGUCACCGAUGUCGUCGCACCAAUACCCCAGUAAUUGGGCGCGACACGAAAGCCAAUCAUCCACCGAGCGAGCCUCUGAGAGCCACGAGCCCUCUCGUACAUUGCAGUAUCAUUCUAUCGACGCGAUGUGGCCCACCGGCGCAGACGAAUUCGUCUUUGGCGCUACCCUCGGCGUAGACGAAGCGCAACAGUCCGCGCAUGAUCAUCAACAGUUCCCUGGCGCUAUAUACCAUGUACUGGAAGAUGAAGAGCCAGCAUCGUCGUUUCUGUCGCAGUCUAUCCGUGAUACAGGGACGACCACGCCGGCUACUGACCUUUCCGCGUACGCUUUCGCCCCUCAUGAGCCUCCGGGUUUCUCUACGCCUAGAGACAACAUGCAUCCCACGGGGCAACAUUCGCCAUAUCUUGCUCCACCCACGAGCAGACCUGCUAUACCUCAGGUCCGUACCGCGUCCAAGAAAGAACCCAAGAAGACUACGAUAAGAGCGCCUAGCAAGGCCAACGGAGUGGCCAAGCCUUACCGACAUACAGCAGGCACAAACGUCCAGGCCAUCGCCAAUUAUGACUUUGGAACUGGCGAAAUCCAUCUUUCAACGUCUGCUAGUCCAUCGCACAGCGAUAUAUCACCGCAACUCACCAAAUCACUGUCGGACUCACUCGGACCGCGAAGUGACUCGCUGGGCCUGGCAGCAGCAAGCUUGGGCGCCGAGAAAGACAGUCGCAAUGACUUGUCAACGCCGCAUGUUGAAGCCGACGGAGAGAUCUCUGCAGCUAUACGUCUUCGAACGCCAAGCGAGUGUCAAGGAGGCAAGAACCUUGCUCGAGCAUUGGGCCUCCUUGGAGGGAGAACCAGCCCCAUCGGCCCCGGUGUCUCAGGCUUCGACUUCACAUUCGCUGACCUUGUCGACGCGAGGGAUCGGUUUCCUGGCCAAGUCAUCAUACAUCGAAACGCGCUUCUUGAUUCUGAAGACUAUAAGUCAGCAUUCGAAGAAGACGCACGGCUGAGCCGAGACCGCUGCAAUCAAGCCAUUCUAACAUCCUCUCUUGAUGCGUUACCGGCAGACGCCUACCUUCUCGACCUUGGCGGUGGCUUCCAGGUCACAGUCCCACUUGAUCCAAUGAUUGAAGCUACGUUCAAGCAAGGCGGCCAAGGGACCAUGCCACCCGAGGGUCUUGUACGUAUCGCCACGGAGAUGAACAUCGACAUGAAAGACUACCGUGUUGAUGGUAAACCGCACCCGGUAUACAGUAUGGGCGCCCCAAAGCAGGUCGAUAUCCGGCUUUUGGGCUCGACACCUAUAACUAUAGUGGAGAUGGCCAUUUGGUUUCCUGCGCAUGGCUCACUCUGGCCGGACUGGACACAGCGAUUUGCUCGAAGUGGCUGGACGCAAAACAACAUCGCUGACUUGAUUAACCGCGCUUACAACACCGACGCCGUCGAAGGUGUCGGCCCAUCGACAAUCAGUCAGCAGACGAAUAAACAUGGUCGUGAAGCCCGUGAAUUGUUGGAAUCUUCUGGCCAGGGACAACAGCAGGUCACUGAAAGCGCGGCCCUUCCAGUAACGUUUUUCUCAUGCGAGAAUUGGACACCGCCUGGCAACGAUUACCGACUAGUCGACUACUACGUCCGCGAUCUUGCGAACGGCGUCGACCGUGAUAACUUUCCUUCCGGUUCAGACAGGGGCCUUCUGACUCAAUUGAUCGAGUUUGUCGACGACAAUCUAGACGAGUGGGCUGAUCUCUUGCUCAGUGAUGUCCAGUUCAUCGAAGAUUCGGGUGGUUACUUCCAGACGACAAACCCGGCUUUCGGACCUGGGAUGGAGAACCCAGACGAGGAGGCGUUUCGCCGUCACAGGCUGCAAUUGAAACAAUAUCGCAAGACGAUGGCGGAUUAUCGCAUCCAGCAAAAGAAGGACAAAGCAAAAUUCGCGAUGGGGAGCCAAGACCAGGCUUAA